GCCCUGAGGAGCCCGGUGCAGCCAGGAGUGUCCUGCCUGGCCCCAGGCCGCCAGGGACGCGGCAGGGGCUGGCCCCCUUUGGCCCCGCGCUUAGCCCAGGCUCCAGGGCAGAGCUCUGUGCUGCGGGGGGCAGCGCCCUCGGGGCUCUGCCACGUUCCCCAGGCACCAACGGACAGGUGGACGGUCUGUGGGAACCAUUGGCUGAUACACACAGUUCUGAGGUGCCGAGUCUUCUUGCUGCUCCCUAACAUCUCUCUCCUCCUGUCAUCUGUGAAGUACAAGCCGCAGAGCCGUGGCCGAGAUGUCUGAGGGACCUUCCAGGAUCUCGGGACCCAUCCCUCCCGACCCUACGCUGUUCCCAGACUAUUACAAACGCCCCCUAUCAGCUCGAGGGAGGCUGGAAGGGAAUGCCUUGAAGCUGGACUUCCUCUCGGGCCCUCUAGCCCCAGAUCCCAGCCUGUACCCCACCUGCUACAGUGCCCGCCCUGCCCAUCCUGCCCCGCGUAUCCGCCCCAAUGGUCAGGCCAUCCUGGAGAAGGGGCAGAAGGGGACGGUCGGGGUCUUGCUGAAGCUGGAAGGGAUCUCUCUCUACAGGGAGCCGCCCCUGAAAAGGAAAGAAGCCAAGGACCACGAGAAGGAGAAUGUGAGGCGGAUGAGGGAGAUCCAAAGGAAAUGCAAGGAGAAGGAGCUGGUGCGGGAGCACAGCCAGCCCAAACCCAUGAAGGCCUUGUGGAAAUCCCAGAAGUAUGAGAAUGUGGAGUCCAAGGUGAAGGCCAAGUUGCAGGAGAGCUCUCCCCCGCCCAACCCGGAGUCUCAGAAAUUCCUCCGGGCAUAUUCCCGCUGCGGCUCUGGGGUCCAGCCCCGCCGUUCGCUGUCGCCCAGCCCUGCCAAAACGAGAGUGGUGACCGACACCGAGGCUGCAGGAGCACAGCGCACUGAUGCCAAGAUCCAGGUAGAAGGCACCAGCAUCGACUUCGUGAGCCACAACGCCCGCACCGCCAAACGGGCCCCCAUGCGGCGCUCGCGCUCGCUGCAGUCGCUGGCCGAGGCGCUGGAGCAGAAGCACCGGGAGCAGGAGGAGUACAACGCCAAGCAGAAGGGCCACGUGCCCCAGUACCUGCUGGAGCGGAAGGAUCACUGGCGCAGGGAGAUGGAGGAACGGCAGCGGAACCUGCCCGACCCUGACAUGCCACCGGGUCACACCAUGAUGCCGGAGAGCGAGCGGCUGGCAACCCUGAACAACCUGCAGCAGAGCCAGGAGCAGCUGGUGAAGGACCUUGUGAUGCUGCCGGUGCGGGCCGACACCCUGAGCAUUCAGAAGAGGCGGGUGGAGCUGGAGAAGAAGCUGUCGCAGAUCGAUGAGGCCCUCAAAAUCUUCUCCCGGCCCAAGGUCUUCAUCAAGCUGGACUCCUGAGGGGGGGGGUGUUGUGCUGUGCGUGGAUCUGCCACCCUGCUGGGGGGGGGCUCCUGGUCACUCUGCUCCUUGGGUUGGGGGGGAGGGAAACCAAACUCAAUCUGCUUCCACUGGCUGCUGUAGCAGCUCCUGCCUUGGGGAUUCCCAGAGCCCAGCCCGACGCCGUCCAGCCAAGCUGGCCCCAGGCAGAGGGCAGCUGGGCCCUUGUGGGUGACAACAGCAAACGAACCCGAGGGGUGUUGCCAGGGGCCAUUGUCUUCAAGGCAGUGCCCCAGCCUCUGCCCGGUGGGGGGCUCCGGAGGGGCAGACUGGCCAAUGGCACCUUCUGUGCAGCGUUGCUUGGAAAGCGGCAGGCCUGGUGCUCUCAGCUGCCGCUCUGCAUGGCUGGGCUUACUGGCCUCUCGCUGACAUGGAGUGAUGCUUUGUAGGACAAAGCAGGAGCAGCCUCUGCCCGGCACCCCCUCCCCGGCCACCUUCCUCGCAGGUUGGAGCUGGGAGCCACGGGGCAUUCAGAGAGAGAUCGGGAGAGUCUGAACAUAACCCUGCAGCAUCCCAGCUGCCCCUGCUGGGGGGGUUGCGACACAGCCGGGCCUGAGAGCCAGCUCCCUGCCAGCCCAGGCUGGGCCUCUACAUGGCGCUCCUCUGGCCUGGCCACCGCUCCCCUGCAGCCUUCUGCCAAAGGCCGUGUGCCUGGGACGGGGGCAGCCCGGAGGGGAGCAGCUUGGUAGGCCAAGACUAGCAGAGGGACAGGGUAACCAGGCCUGGCAGGGAGCUGGCACUGCGGGGAAGGGGUGGGGAGCGUGGGAACCCUUCUAGGGGGGUGUUGGACAGCUUUUAAAUAAAGGGUUUUGUAGGUAUUGUGUGUGACAGGUGUGUGAGAGGGGGAGGGCUGCUUUGGGCUGUGUGGGCAGCUGGGGAGGGUUCAGCCGGCUGAGUGGGUAGAGUGUUGGGCAUUGGCAGUGCCCGGGCUGGGGCAUGCCUGGCUGGCAGGUGAGGGCAGUGGGAGCCUGCUGGGUCUGUGCUGGGAGGCAGGGCCUGGGUAGCCUGCACCUUUCAUGCUCCUUGGUGCUCCAGCCGUGUGCACAUGUGGUACCAGAUGCCGCUGCCCUCCAGUUGCGCAAGCCAGCCAGGGAGCCGGCUUAGCUGGCCCUGGCCAGGGUGAGUCCCUUGGCUGGGUACAGCUUGUCCAGCAGCGCUGUGCUCCCCCACCUGCCUGCUGCAUAGGGGGAGGCAGGGAUGCCUCCAGCUGUUCCCAGCCCGUCCCCACAGCUGAGGAUUUGAUUCCUGUCUGGGACUGUCCGUGGUUGCUGGUGCUGCUGCUGCCUUGCAAUGGGCCAUGGAGGAAAGAAGAAACUCCUGGCGGCGGAGGAGCACCAAACUGCCCCACAGCUUAAUAAACUAGCCGGGCUCAGAGUGGGAGUGGUUCCUGCUUCCCAGCCUGCGGGCCAAGCAGCCCAGGGGUCGGUGCGGGAUUGGAAUCUGCCCCCUGGGUUUUUGUAAAUCUCCAGUCUUGUGCCCUGAGGAUGGGAGCGGGCAGGGCCCUGGGCCGGCGGGCAGAAAGUGUGUGUGUGGGGGGGGGGGGGGGAAGAUGACCCCUAAAUGGAGAAUGUAGCUGCUAAGGCAUGUGGUGGAGGGGGCUCUGUUACAAUUUUCGGCUGCUGGGGCCCUGCUGUUGGGGGGCUGGGGUGGUGGCUUCAGGAAAGGGAAAUGGCAGAAGAGCUGGUGCACUGGUUGCAAAAGCAGCAAAACCACAGUUGUGCAGAGGAGCUGUAACUGAUGGGGCCAGGGCAAGGCGGUCGAGCUCCCAGCUUGCUCUGAGCAGGUCCUACACCCGCUCCUCCCCACCUAGGCAAAUCAAACACCAGCUCGUGCUGCCCUGUGCUGCUGGGGGAAACAGGCAGGGGAAUGCCCCCUGGCUUAGGAAUCUCACAGCUCCGCACGUGUUGGGAGGAGACUGCCGCAUGGGUGAGUGCUGGGCUCUCGAGACUGGAUUCCCCACAGUCCAUCAUUACCCCUGUGCAAGGGAAGCAUGACCUGCUACUCCCUCAGGAUGGCAACAUUUCCCCCUCACUGGGCCCAGGGGCAGGCUGGGGGACCUCCACCCUGCUGUGUCCCAGUCUGAUGCUCAAAGGCCCUGGCCAAUACAUCAGCCAACUGGUGCUACAUUUGGAAAAGAAGCAACUCCAGCCGGAUAAUUGUGCAGUAUGGCCACAUUGUGCAUUGUCAGGCUUCUUUUUGUUCCUAAUAUACCAUAAAAAAACUCCUCCUUAUUGUCCUUAACUCUGCUGGCCAUAGAUUUCUCCUUGUGUCCCUUUGCUUCCCAUAUCAAUUUUCUACAAUUCCUAGCUUCUAACUUUAUGUUAAUUACUAGCAAGUUCCCCUGUCUUCCAUGGUUAUUUUUUAUAGCUGCCCUCAUUUGCCCUCUAAGCCAGGUUGAUUUGACCAAUAUCGCCUUUUCCCUCAAGUAUGGUUUUUUGGGCAUCUAGUAAAGUGUUCUUAAACAAUUCCCAAUUAUUAUUCACAUUGUUCUGAUUAAAUUCAUUCUCCCAGCUGAUUUGGCGCCUAGCUGUUUUUAGCUUUGUGAAAUUGGCCCUUUUGAAGCACCAAGUCUGUCUGUCUGUCUCUCUGUUGUGGACUUUAUUCUAUUUGCACACUAUAAAUGUGAUCAAAUCAUGAGUCCUUCUACCAUUAAGUUUUUAGUUCUGUGAUCCGUUCCUCUUUAGCUAUUUGGACAAGGUCUAAUAUAGAAUUCCCCUGUGUUAGAAGCAACAUUGUUUGAGUUUGGAAAUUGUCAUUUAUAGUUAGAAGUACCAAGAAUGUUUAAGUAUGGGCAAGGUGAGACUUCUAGCAUGUCACUCAGGUUGACGUCCCCCAUGACCACACAGCAUCUUUUCCUACAUUAGAGGUAGGUGCAUAGGGAACCACUCAUGCUGUUACCUACUGUGAUUUGGUGGGCUGUAGGAGACACCAAUUAAUACCCCACACUCGAUCCUUCCUAAAUAGGUUAGAAUCACUGAUUUUAGCAUUCCACUCAUGGGCCCCAUGCCACCGGGUUUCAGUAAUACCCGGGAGAUGAAAUUUAUGCUCAUAUGAACACUUUCAAUUCCUUAUUUGUUACCCAGGCUCCUGGCAUUAGUGCGUAGGGAAUUAAAGCAUUUCUUCUCUUUGUGUCCUUCAGUUCCUUGGUUAAUUUUAUUCUCAACAUCUCAGUGUGCUAAACGAGUGCUCAGAUUGUCCCUUCUUUUACCCUCCCUCUUUAACACCCUCCAGACUACCCUAGUCAGCCUAUCCCUGAACUGCUUGGUUCCCUGUCUCCUGAAGUGGAGGUCAUCCAAACUAUACAGCUUCCUCUCCCUGUAGGUGGUGGACUAGUGUGCCACUAAACCAAACCCCUCCAUGCUACACCAUUUACCUAGCCAGCGGGUCACCUCCAGCAUCUUCUGCCUGCCUUUGCUUGCGGAACAGGGAGGCUCUUAGAGGCAAUCACGUGGCCAUUCUGCUUCCGUGUUCCCUGAAGUCACCUAGUAGCUGUGAGCUCUCUUGUGACAGUGUCAAUCUGAACCAUCUGUGAUGCUGGCAGACCAGGUGCCAGCUCAUGCCUCCACUGAACAUGGACAAAUACCUUGCUGGGAUCAGUCUGGCCCCUGCAUGUUGGUAUUGGUAUUGGCAUGUUCAGGGGUUAGAGGUUAUUGAAUGCCUGCGUUAUGCUCACUGAUAACAGCUGCCUCCCGCACUGCAAGGUCAUGUUUGAGCAGUUGUAUUAUGAACCUCUGUAACUGUAAAUCCACCAGCCAGGAGCGCGCCAUUAAUGCGUGUGAAGUGCUGGUCUCCAACAGGAGGUGUUCCGGCCUGCCUGCCAAGGAGGGCCCAUCAGCACCAGCUGACAACAGUGGAACACACUAAGGAGGGCAAAGGACUGUACCGUUGACUCCCACCCCCAUAAAGAGUAGUCUUGCAAGUGAAUUCCUCCCAUCAGCUGAAGUUGCAGCUCAAAGCAGAAGUGGGGCAGGCAUUAAAAACCCCUAACAAGGAGGAACUGGUUGUCCAUGUUGCUUGGACAGUGGGGGGCAAGGUUUCUAGGCAUAAGCAAAAGAUUCCCAGUGCUUAGCCUGAGUUAGGCCUAAAGGACAUACAGAACUUGCUUAUUAUGGAAAUGUCUAUUACCUUUGGAAACUGAAGAUUGGAACUCAUUACCUGCUUUGACCUGGUCAAUAACUCUCAUUUCCUUUGCCUGUUAAUA